AUGUUGGGCAUUUCCAAUGAUCAAACGAACCAAAUCAUCGCCUCAUGUCUCAAGCGGGCGAAGAAAGAGCUGAAGGAGUGGCCGGGAGCGAGCUUCGACACAUCCACCGAGGAGGGACAUGCCCUAUUCAAGCUAACAGUCAACACCAGGGGAUCGCCAAACGGCGCGGUGUUUGCCUACUUCUUGCUCCAACACAAGGCAGAUAUCGGCCAUAAGACGGUGGCCAAGAUCACGGUGGUGCGGCCCGAAAGCGAUGCGGAUAUCGACUUUGUAGACGCCAGCUUGGUCUUCCAUGUCGUCGAUGCGCCGGAACCUCCGCCAGAUCAGGAGGGUGGGUUCGCGAAGGAAAUGCGUCAUGAUAGUCAUACUGUGGAGAUGACUGAGCAGAGCAGUUCGAAUGUAGUGAGGACGCACACUUUUCAAUGCUUCAUGCUAUCCGACGACAAGUGGAAAAUAGAGCCUGUUCCGCGCCUCUUCUUUCACCUACACCUACACCUAUACCCUCACACUCUACGCGAAACCAAACUCCAAAACGCAACCAUGAACAACGACCCCAACCAGAAGCAAGACCCGCUCGACAAGGCGUUUGCCGCGGGCGCGAAGAAAUUCGGCGGCGCGCAGGGCCAGAAGAUUGCGGGAAAUCGGGCUACGAGCGAGAAGAUUACCGAUGGCAUGCGCAAGGUGUACGAGAAGAUCACGGGCAAGAAGGUCAACUCGAAGAUCUCCAACUAGCGCGCCCGCGCACGGGCGUUGUGGCGGUGUGCGCAGGCUCGACUGAUGGAGACUAAUGCUGCGCCUGGACGAGGAGAGUGGAGAUGAAGAGAUACCCCAGUAAUGACUAUCAAGUGUCUGUCUUUUA